CAGCGCUCGCUCCGGCUCCAGAGUCCGCAGCCUCCUGUCGCCGAUGCCGGGGACUCGGACCCCGCACCCGCGACGCUUUGUUAAUGGAUGUGGUGGCCCGAGGCACCACGACCCGGAGGAGCAGGUUGAAAAGAUCCGAUGGCAGCACUACUUCCACCAGCUUCAUCCUCAGACAGGGUUCAGCGGAUUCCUAUACAAGCAGGCCAUCGGAUUCCGAUGUCUCUUUGGAAGAGGACCGCGAAGCGAUUCGGCAAGAGAGAGAACAGCAAGCAGCUAUCCAGCUCGAGAGAGCAAAGUCCAAACCUGUAGCAUUUGCUGUGAAAACGAAUGUGAGCUACUGUGGUGCCCUGGAUGAGGAUGUGCCCGUUCCCAGCACAGCCAUCUCCUUUGACGCCAAGGACUUUCUUCACAUUAAAGAGAAAUACAACAAUGAUUGGUGGAUAGGAAGGCUGGUGAAAGAAGGCUGUGAGAUUGGCUUCAUCCCAAGCCCGCUGCGGCUGGAGAACAUACGGAUUCAACAGGAGCAGAAGAGAGGCCGUUUUCAUGGCGGGAAAUCGAGUGGGAACUCUUCCUCCAGUCUGGGAGAAAUGGUGUCAGGAACAUUUCGAGCGACUCCUACCACAACAGCAAAACAGAAGCAGAAAGUGACGGAGCACAUUCCUCCUUACGAUGUUGUACCAUCAAUGCGUCCUGUGGUGUUAGUGGGACCAUCACUGAAAGGUUAUGAGGUAACAGACAUGAUGCAGAAAGCCCUCUUUGAUUUCCUGAAGCACAGGUUUGAUGGGAGGAUAUCAAUAACAAGAGUAACGGCUGACAUUUCUCUUGCUAAGAGGUCUGUCCUCAACAAUCCUAGCAAGAGAGCAAUAAUUGAACGUUCAAACACCAGAUCCAGCUUAGCGGAAGUACAGAGUGAAAUUGAAAGAAUUUUUGAAUUGGCAAGAUCUUUGCAGUUGGUUGUUCUCGAUGCAGACACCAUCAAUCACCCAGCACAGCUUAUAAAGACGUCCUUAGCCCCCAUCAUCGUUCAUGUGAAAGUCUCAUCUCCAAAGGUUUUACAGCGGCUGAUUAAGUCCAGAGGAAAGUCUCAAAGCAAACACUUGAAUGUUCAACUAGUGGCCGCUGAUAAGCUGGCCCAGUGCCCGCCGGAAAUGUUUGAUGUUAUAUUAGAUGAGAAUCAGCUUGAGGAUGCCUGUGAGCAUCUGGGCGAGUACUUGGAGGCAUAUUGGCGUGCCACCCACACAAGCAGUAGCACCCCCAUGACCCCAUUACUGGGGAGGAAUGUGGGCUCCACAGCCCUUUCACCAUAUCCCACAGCAAUCUCUGGAUUACAGAGUCAGCGAAUGAGGCACAGCAACCAUUCUACGGAGAAUUCUCCCAUUGAAAGACGAAGCUUAAUGACCUCUGACGAGAAUUACCACAACGAGAGGGCUCGUAAGAGUAGGAACCGCUUGUCUUCCAGCUCCCAGCACAGCCGAGAUCACUACCCUCUGGUGGAAGAAGAUUACCCCGACUCAUACCAGGACACUUACAAACCCCAUAGGAACCGAGGCUCACCUGGGGGAUACAGCCAUGACUCCCGACAUAGGCUUUGAGGCUGCCGAAGCAAACACACGGAAACCCUCAUCUGUCGACAAUUUACCAUCGCACUGCUAGGAUAAACCGAUCAUCUUAAUUUGGCAAGCACAGCACAGUAUCUGCUGUGUGGGUGGGCUGCUGCCAUUUGAUUUAAGGGGCAAGAAUUAAAUCAAAGUACAUUAUGCCCUGGAGUCUAGACGGGUAUUAGAUGCCCAAUCAUAUAGGCAUUUUUAAGUGUUACAUUUACAUGAUAACAGUACAUUUUGUUUUCUUCAUAGAGUUUAGACACAUCAAUUUGUAACUUAGGGUACUUAUCAAGGCACAUAUAAAAUAAUUUCCCGUGUAGGAAAUUCCAAAUGACCAGUUCCAGUUGGAACCAAUUUAUAAACCAAUUCCUGUUGGAAUUUGGGUGAAUUGACUGGAAAGUCUACUUGAGCAUGUUGAAAUCAAUUGAAAAAUCAGGAAAAAAAUACCCAAUAAGAAAAUCGAAAUACCAAUAGAAACCCCAAACCAGCUGUGGUAUUUAUUUGCUGGAAGCUAAAUUUACACUUCAAGUUGGAAUGUAUAAACAUUUAAAUAAUAUGUUAACGUUGCCAGAAUGGCUUUUCAAACCUACCAAAUGUAUUGAUAGUGCCAAAAAAAAAAUCUCAGAAAUCUUAAUGCAGAAAUUAUAUAAUUGCCUCAGAUUUUAAUAUUUGUAUUUUUCCUGAUACAGCUGUUGUAUUCCAGGUAUUUUGCUUUCUGUUCAGUCAGUACUGUUAGCCAGUUUGAAGCUGACAAAAUCAGGAGGGCAAGUUUAUCAGCAAUGAGAAUAGUAAAGAGAAACCCAAGCGUGGCCAGUUAUAGGAAAUGGGAAAUGAGGAGUCAUUUCUUCUGUAAUCAGUCUGCGCACAACCACACACAUCUGAAGUCAGACGACAGAGACAGGGCCAGACCUUUCUGGGGCCAGAGGAAGUCAUCCAUCCCACUGCGCACUGACACUGGCUCAGGAAUUCUGCCAGCACGGCUGAUGUCUUUCCCUAACUUCACUCAGUCUCUGUCUUUAAACAUAAAGAAUGGUUUAGCACUACACCACAGUUUUUAAAUCAAAUUAACAACUUUUUGUUUGUUUGUUUUUCAUGGACAUAAUCAAAUCAGGUACUGAAAGUUAUAUUUUCACAAGGAAAACUAAUUGGGAAAAGUUAAGACACUGAAUUAAAAUCUUGCAGAAAAACAAAACAAAACCCUGACAGAUUCAGAAUAUAUUUGUUCACCAAAAGUAAGGCACUUUUAAUGCAGGGCCUUAGAGAGAUGACAGACUGCUGUGUUUCAUUGCUAGUGAACAGCCUUUCGAUUUCCAAUGAGUGUGUUUAUGGAAUGGGUGACCCAUAUCCUAAAGAUUAAAGAAGACUUUAAUCCAAGAAAUUAUUGAAAUUGACUCUUUUGUACAAGAAACAAUUGUCUUUAUGAAAGGACUUGUUUCUAAAAUGACACAGUGCAUGUGUUUUCUAAAACCCCAAUUGGAGCUAGACAUAAAGGUCUCUUUCUACUAAUGCCUUGAAGUCAAUUUUUGAAAACGAGUAUAAUUCAUUUUGUAUUGUUAUUUUUCUCCAAAAUUUCAAGACCUGGGCCCUCAAAACUAUGUACCAGUUCAUUCAUUUUCCUGAUUGAGAGGAAAAGUUUCCUAGUCUUGAUCAGUUAUUCAGAUCUUGAAUCCCAUCACCCUCAUGUGCCCUCCCCUUGUCCUGACUGUAUGUGCAACCCGUUAUGACCCUGCUUACCUGACAAUGAGGCUGCCUGAAAUUUUGUAAGUCAUCUCAAACAUUUGAUACAUUUAAACAUGGGCUCAGUACAAUGGACAAGCUAACGUAUGAUACUGGCUUGUGAAGCUCUUCCGUCAUCUAGCGAGGCUUACAGGAUUUUCUGUUAAGACUUUUAAGAGAGCUAUAUUCACUGGGCUCUUUAAUAAGCAUAUAAUCUUCCAUUACUGAAUACUUUGUUAGAGCACAGAAGAGCAUUUUCCAGCAAACAAACUAUAUUUAUUACAUGUAUAGCACAUAUUUGCAUGAGAAAGAAAACAUUAGACAAACAUUUUCCUGUAUGCUUUACUGGUUUCUUGUCUGUGCGCAUUAAAGCAUUUAAUUGCAGAGAGUGCACUUGGGUGUAUAAAUUUAGAAUAGACUGCUGUUCAGCUUUUUCUGCAGUAGCAUUAGCAAUUUGGUCAUUUAACUACUUUAAGAUAUUUAUAUUUUAUGGCGGGUAGCUGUAACAGCAUUUACAUAUAUUUCCUAGUCAACAAGGGUACCAUUUCUCUCCACUUUGAAGAGUCACUUGUUCUUCAGGCCUCUCCAGCCUUUCUCCCC